GCCUGCCUGCCUGCCUGCCUGCCUGCCUGCCUGCCUGCCUGCCCCGCAUCUGAAUCCGUCACAUGUGGUUGUGUGAAAGCUAUGGCUAAUGGAUGGAGGGGAGAUCAACAUCCUGCCGGUACCCUACCUAUCAUGUCGGAUAUCUGCGAGCUGGGCAACCGUCGAUCGCUGCCCAGCGACAGCUCGAGGAGAGGGUACUUAAUGCUUCCAAUGCCUUGAGAUAUCCAGUUCCCAUCCCUCAUCUCAUCUCAUCUCAUCUUGUCUUGUCUUAUAUCGAAUCCUUGAUUUCAUAUCCAAAUUCCUACCUAAACCAUCUUCACAAUGCCUGUUGGACCCAUCCGCACCGCCCUCAAAGUCGACCUCGACAAGCCUGCGCCCUCGCAGGCGGGCCUCCACAACCGGUGGCACCCGGACAUUCCCUUCGCGGCGACCAUCCAGCCCGGCGAGGUAGUGACGAUCGAGUGCGUAGACUGGACCGGCGGACAGAUCAAGAACGACGACUCAGCCGACGACGUCCGCGACGUCGACCUGAGCUGUGUCCACUUCCUCUCGGGGCCGUUCGAGAUUCCUGGCGCGGAGCCCGGAGAUAUCCUCACCGUUGAGAUCCAGGAUGUUCAGCCGUUCGCGGAAAGACCCUGGGGCUUCUGCGCGGUGUUUGAUAAGAAGAAUGGUGGUGGGUUCUUGGAUGAGGAGUAUCCCCAGGCUGCUAAGGCUAUCUGGGACUUCGAGGGCAUCUUCUGCAGCUCGCGACACAUUCCCGGUGUGCGGUUCCCGGGAUUGAUCCACCCCGGUAUCAUGGGGUGUGCGCCGUCGACCGAGCUCUUGGCCGAGUGGACCCGUCGGGAGAGUGAGCUCGUGGCUACCAGCGAGCUUGCGAAGACCCGUGAUGUCGCGCUGCUGCCCGAGCCAAAGAGCAUCCAUGCCGGCUCGGCAACCGGCGAGUUGAAGGCGAAGAUCGGUGCCGAGGGUGCUAGGACUAUCCCCGGUCGUCCUGAGCACGGUGGUAACUGCGACAUCAAGAACUUGUCGCGUGGAUCGAAGACUUACCUGCCUGUGCACAUCAAGGGCGCCGGCUUCUCCGUUGGAGACCUCCACUUCUCUCAAGGCGACGGUGAGAUCUCGUUCUGCGGCGCGAUCGAGAUGGCCGGGCGGAUCACCGUCAAGUUCGACAUCGUCAAGAAUGGCAUGGAGACGCUGGGGAUGAAGUCGCCGGUGUACAUCCCGGGGCCGGUAGAGCCCAACUUCGGCCCCGGCCGCAUGCUCACGUUCGAGGGCUUCUCGGUCGAUUCCGCUGGAAAGCAGCACUACCUCGACGUCAACGUCGCUUACAAGCAGACUUGCUUCAGGGUCAUCGAGUACCUUAAGCGCUUUGGGUACAGUGGUGAGCAAAUCUACCUCCUCCUCUCGUGCGCCCCCGUGCAGGGCCACAUCGGCGGCAUCGUGGAUAUCCCCAACGCCUGCACGACCAUGGGCCUGCCCAUGGAUAUCUUCGACUUUGAUAUCUCGCCUGCCUUUGCGUCUAAGAACGGCGGUGUCACGAAGAUGGACCUCGGAAGCUGCGCGUACACUAGUGAUCGCAAAUAGGCGGCGGCGGUGGGAGACGUGGUGAAUCGUGUACUUUAGCAAGCUGUGUACUUAUCUACUUACCCCAUUGUACUUUGUAUCGCUUGGAUUGUAUCUUUUGGAUCUUCCUAUACCAUUGAUGGAUGCUGUGCGAUCGAAAUCAUGUGCCAACUGGGGGCCGUGGGGACUGAGGAAUUGAGUCGUCCUCGAACGGUGCGAG